AUGCGAAAUACCCGCGCAUUGCGCGGGUACCGCGCGUACCGCCAUCGGGUCAUCGAGGCGGACAAGAGACGCCGCGCCGCCAGGAAGGCGAAGGGUCUGGAAGCCAGCAGGAAAGCCCGGGCCGAGAUGAGGCGCCCGCGGCGUGAUGAGAAGAUGGCUUUGCUUUUGAGGCUCCUUGAUGCGGUACUUGAGGUGGAACCCUGGAACUUGGCACGCCACACAAAGGUUAGCGAGGCGUGGGAGGAGUGCGGACGGCGGGUACCCGGGUACCUGAAAGAAGGCGCGCGUACCGAACCCCGCCUGUUGGUGCAGCAGCAGGUCUUUCGUCUGGGGGACCAGCUGAUCGACCCCACGGCGAAGACCCCCUGGAAAUCAUACCCGGAGGUCAAGAGAGGGUGGAGGAGGUUGUAG